UCCAAACAUGAUUCUAUACCAAGUGUAAAAUCCAACCCAUUUUGUUGUGUGAAUUAUCUACAACCUCAUUAAUGUAGCAUGCAUCUGGGUGGUGACAGGAAAAUGAAGAACGAUGAGGAGUAUUUCCUCCGGAAGCUUUCUUGUGGUAUAUCAAGAAUAAGGCGUUUCAAUAAAAUUGUACGUUUAAGAGGACCACUACUACACCACCCCCAAGAAACACGACCUGGUAGUAGCACCCGUGAAACAUACACCGACAGUAUACCACUACCAGACACUUCAACUGAACAUGAUUCUGAACUCUUCAGCAUUGAGAGUUUUCCCAACAGUCAAGGAAGAGAUAGUCAGAUGUACCAGGAACUAGGACAGACACCAAAGAGCAACCAUGAUGAAGGGUGCUCAACUCCUGUUCAACUGAGCAUAGAAGAUAAGGGCAUUUGGUGUAAGCAAUUGGAAUGGCAGGAUAAAGAACAAACAGAAAGCAUACACCAUGGAAAGGAGAGGGACCCAAAAUUGAAAGAGAAUUUAGAAGAGAAAGGUGACAGAUGCUCAUCUUUUGGUGGAGCUAGAAACUUUUAUCUUGGACGGGCUAAAGAAUAUACAUUGUGUGAACAGUUUUUUUGUUUGAGUGAUUUUCAUAUUAGGAACUGAUUUCAAAGUUGUACUUAUAUGCAAUUAUGCAUUGUUAAGACUUGCACAUUAUCAGAUUUUGUGUCAAUCUAUCCUCUCUAGUUACCUCUACAAUAUGAUGGUAAGAUUAGC